CUGCAAGGUGUAAGACAAUGUGAACAGAUUAUUCCCUGCAGCUGUGAGAUCUAUAGACACUUAGCCCACCCGUUCCACGGACCUUUCGAGAAAAGUAGUGGACUGGAAUUUGUUUCAACAGGUGAAACAGCUGCCAUGACAGAAGCGAAUUUGGUUUACGACAAGGUCCACUUCAGACAUGACUCGAAGUGGAAUUUCCGCCUACGGACAACGGAAGAGGGUGGAGUGCUACUCUGUGUGGCCUGUGUGAUUGAAAUAAUUGAAGCGGAAGAAGUUGCUGUGAGGACCCCACACUACUUUAUUUGGCCUAAUUUAUAUUUUUAUCUCUUUAAUUGUUCGGCCUGCAUCAUACAGUCAGUGAGGAAGACUUUUGCCUUGUCCAACAUAAUUGGGAUGAUUAAGAGUUCUCCCGGGGCCUUGAGAGAACUCCUCCGACAGGACCACAGAGUAAUGUUUCAUUUUAUUGCUACUCUAUUAGUGAUGCUUCAAACUGUGGAGGACCCAGUCACUCUGGAAAAGGUUGAUCAAGCGCUGGUUCAACUGCUUUUGGAGCUCCAGAAUGAGCAGUCGCUUCACCUAGUUUUGGAUGAGAUACACAAACAGCUCAGUGACCAGGAAAGCGUGAAGCGCUUCAUGCCUAUGUUCAACUUCUUGGCAAAUCUUGUGAAAGCAGUCCCCAACGUGUCCCAUAGCCUUGUGACUCAGUAUGUGCCCUUGCUAGACCAGCUGUGCUCAGCUUUGCUCUACCCAGAUGAAGGGCUGAAGACUUCAGUAGUGCACAUGUGGCUCCAGCUGUUGGGGACACCUGGACACAAAGCAGCCCAGUCCCUGCCCAGUGCCACUUGGGAUAGAUUAUGCAUCGUGCUGCUGCAGAUCUUUGCUCAUGCCAGCUCAGCGCAGCUCAUUAAGAAUUGUGCUGGCCUCCUCUGGCAGCUUGUGCAGGUGGGAGAAGCAGUGCCGGUUCUGAUGAAAGGCACAGCCACUGUGAACAUGUGCGAUGAGAACCAGGACAUCCUCGCUAACAACAGCCAGACCCUGAUCCAAAAUCAAGAGCAACAGCCCAUUGACCACUGCCCUCUGCCUCUCCUGCUGAAAAAGUUGCUGCUGAGUGGUGAUGAGGUGUUGCAGUUGACCAGUGCCAAAUGUAUUGCAGCCAUUUUGGCUCACUCUCCAAGCCAGUACAGUGUUGUCUUCAUCAAGGCUGACUUACCUGGGUUUCUGUUCGAUCGUCUUGGCUGCAGUAGAUGUGAAAUGCUGCUGUGGUGUGUCUACAGUUGUUUGGUGCUACUUACUGAAGACCCACUCUUCUUCUCACAGUGUCAUUCCAUCUAUGGGAUUGAAUCCCUGGUCCGUAGCCUGAAGGAGGCUUUGCGGAUGACCAAUUUGGAAGUACCAAAACAAGGUUUUCUGCUACUCACUGAAAUAUUGGAAAGACAGCCCCCAAGUGUGCAUCUGUUCCCCAGUGGCUCAGGGUAUGAGGCGGUUUCAGAGGCCGUUGUAGCAGGAGUCUCAUCUCCCUGCCUGUUAGUCGCCACACAGGCUGUCUCUGCUGGCGCCACUUUGUUCAGACUCAACCACCAGUCGAGACCAGUCCAAUACAAGGAGCUCGAAAGACUGAUCAAAGCCAUCACCGACAGAUUCUCUGAACUACUUCUCCCCUCUCCCGCUCAACAGCGUAAAACCGCCAAACUUUGGAGGUCAGAUACCAGCAGCACAGCCUUUAGGUCCAAAGGAUUUCUGCUCCAGGCCCUGGUCUGUUUUCAGGCUGCCUGCAGGCUGGCUGAGGAAUAUGCAUCAGAGCCUGUGCUGAUGGAGAACCCAUUUACUGCUCCACACAGACACCAGGAUGGUCAGGACCCUUUGGAAUCUCUGUGUCAGUGUCUGCUGCACUGUUGCGACUCUGUCUGGAUACCCACUGUUCUGUGUGCACCCAGCGCCAAGAUACUGCAGUACUUCUACUCCAUCCUGUCUUCCCUGUUUACCCUUCUUCCGUCUCUAAUGCCUCAAUUUGCAACAAAACUAGAUUUUGAGGAGGUGGAAGUUCUGUUGCAAUGCAAUCUUCCCUCCCUGUGCUUUCAUCUGUCAGACUGGCCCUCCGUGUUGUGUGAAUAUCAAGAAUCAAGAGCCACUCAAUACUGUCUUGUGAUAAUACUUUGCCUUGCUCUGCAGCAAGGAGACAGGCUUCUUCCAGACCAGACAGUCUUCUCCGGAGUGGUUUGGCUGCUGCAGUCAGUGCAGGAGCAGGGCAGCUGUGCUCUUCCUCGAGCUGUUCUCCGCUCCGCCCUCUACCUGCUGGCAGUGACUCAGGACAAGAGCCCCCGUCUCGACGGGGCUCCUUUAAACUACAUUGGCAAAGCCUUAGCCUCCUGCCAAAGCUUCUCGUCCCUUUACUUUCACCAUCCUGCACUCCUCCACUUCAUCUUUCAAUAUCCGGAGUUAACAGAAAAAUUUGGGGCCCUGGCCCUGGAAGCAUGGUUGUCCGGGCAGAACAACAUAGACACAGUGCAAAAGAUGAAAAAACUAUAUUUGGAUAUUACUCCUAAGGAGAAGGCUGACAGCACUGAUCAGAGACAGGACCAGCAUCUACACCCAGAGGCCAUGGAGCUAGUGACUCUGGUGGAGAAUUACCCAAAUGUCAUACUGGUCCUCUUGGACAUGGUCAGCACCAGAGAGGUUCCCCUCGCAGAGCGAGUUCUGGGUGUACUGGAAGUUCUUUUGCACGAUCAAAGACAGUGCAUCACAAGCAUCUGUACAAAUCUGGGGCCGGCGCUUCUUCAGGUGUUACAGCGGAUCAAUUUGGAGAGUAUGGCUCAUGGGCUUGGACAGGGCCACAGUGCCACAGUCACUUCACUCCCUCUGGUGCUGAGACUGCUUUGUUUGAUGCAGGCCGUCGACCCACCUUCAGCCCCCCUCUACUCUAAUAUGGAGGGAGUGCACUUUAAGCUGCUUUACCAUGUGAGUAGCGUGGUAGGGAUGCUGAAGGCUUCGGACACAGAGAGCCUGCUGCCUGCCCUCAACUACCUGUACUGCUGCCUGAGUCUGGCACCGGAACACAGAACUGACCGAGCUGUCUUCAUGCUGCUCUCCAACGGCGCGCUGAUGGACCAGCUGCAGACAAUCAUCUCCUCUGCUCCAUCCCCUCCUCCUUUGCUGUGCUGCAGCCAUCUACUCCUGGCCUCUCUCAUUACCUUGCAGCACGUUCACUCCACUCAGGUCCAUAAGAGCAUCAGCUGGAGUCUGGACGCAGCUCUGCAGCGGCUCCUCCUUCAGAAAAAAAACACUGACACUUAUGUGCUGGUCAGCUACCUGAGGUUGCUGCAGGCCCUACUUGAUGUAGAUCUGGCAUCAACAGUGGUUAAUCUGAGCACUGGUGAGGCCUUGGUAGGGCCCAGACCUCUGCAGGUUGAAGACGGUGCCCUGUACCCGCUUGGCUCCAGAGGGGCACUGUGUCUCGUAACCUCUCUCAGUGGACUACUGUUUCAGAAACACGAGCUGUUGUUGAGAGCGUCAGUGAACUGCCUGGCCUCCCUGCUGGGCUUCAUGAAGAGAAGGAGUCCCUCUUCAGCCAAGUAUGUCGUGUGUCAGCCCUGGACUCGAUUUCUCCUGCACUGCCUGCUCAGCUCAGGGGAGAGCUGCCCUCUUCACCCCGCCAUUCUCAGACUCAUCACAGUUCUGUUGGAGUCCAGCAGCACGGCUGUGCUGUGGGAGCCAGACUUGCUCGGUGUUAUUGAGACUGUGGGGAGGACGGGGGUGAAGGAGCUCAGUCAGGAAGCAGCACAGGCCCUGAGGCUGCUGCUGAUCCAGAUUCAGAGCAGCGUGUCAGUGCCCACAGAGGAGCACAAGCUGACAAUGAGGAAAAUGAUGGAGGAGCUUGAACUAAGGACAUCAGCUGCCAACUGUGACUCCAGCCCAUCCCCCAACAUCAUAUAUAGUGGAGAUGUGUCCCUAUGUCUGUCCGACUUUGCUCUGAAAGCAGGCUUCCGCCGGGUGGAAACCACAUCCUCCUCCGUGUUUAGCGCCCGCUCGCUGUCAUUCGUCCAAGACGAGCCAGCCGGUGCGAUCGUGGCGCUGGGACGCGAAGAACGGCUGAGCGGCACCACUCGGGAGCAAACGCUGCCCGCAAACCUCUGCCGUGUGGCCACUACGCGCACGCCGUGUGUCGCCACCUUUCUAAUUUUGGGUCAAAGCCGAGCCAAUACCUCGGCCGUGUCCAGAAGAGUGCCCCUCUGCCACCCCCUGGUGACCAUGCAGAGAGUGAGCGCCGUGGUCCUGGCGCUCGCCGCCGCCGCCCUCAGCUCCACAGACUCCGACCUGCACCGACCACGACACGACUCCAACCUGGAGAUCUAUAAGCGCCUGUUUGAGACCAAGAGAAAAGAUCAGCUGAACGCGCUGAAGAAUCUAGUGGAGCUUAACGACAUCAACCAACAGUACAAGAUCAUAGACAUCAUGCUCAAAGGGCUUUUCAAGGUGUUGGAGGACUCGAGGCAGAUCCUGGUGGCGGCAAACAUGCGGCCUGACGACCCCUUCCCAAUGGAUGAUAAGAUCAAAGAAGCUUAUUCCCACGUGGUGGAGAACACAGCAUUUUUCGGCGACGUGGCCUUGCGUUUCCCCCGGAUCGUCCACCACUACUACGACCGCAACACCGACUGGGGCGGCCUGCUGCGCUGGGGGCUAAACUUCUGCAACCAGACGGGCGUCUUCACAGGGGGAGCCCACCAACACGUCCUCACACUGAUGUCGCAGGAGCUGGGAAUAACGGAGAAGUCCCCAGACUUCUUAAACCCAUACCGUACGGAGAGAGACGACGUUCUGCACACCGCCGAGGCUUUCCAGAAGAUCCUGAGAGAGGAGGAGAAGAGGAGGAGGAAGGAGGAGAAGAGGAAAGAAAUCAGGAAAGGCCCCCGCAUCUCCCGCUCUCGCUCCGAGCUAUAGCUCCCACGAGGAGCGGGGAAAAGGAGCCGGGGGAGAGAAAUAACAAAAAGGGGAGCUGCUCGACUUGUAAACUGCGAUGGCGGCGAGGGCAGCAGAAGCCGACGUCACUUGUUCAAAAGCCAGGUGCUCUGGAGGAAUCGAGACAGGAGCCCUUAAUGUGACAAAAGCUGAAGGAGAGCAGUCAGGUCCAGACCAAGACCUAAGAUACUGUCGGCCUGCAGUCAUUUAGAAUUGGAAUUAACUUAGUAUAACAGGAUGAUUGUGGGAAAACAAGGGCAUCUUUCUUUGUCGAGCACAUGAGGAUUAUAUAACUGAAGUUCGGAAUAGUAUUCAUCCUUACAGUUUACUUCAAAACUUUCCAAAACCCCCCAGUAUAUUGUGUCUGGUCCAGAUUUGAUGUGUAAAACUCAUAUGCUUUAAAUAUCUGUGAUUGCUUAAUAUGAAUUCGACAUAUAUUAAACGUGGCCUGGUUCUGUUUUCGGUUAAACUUGGUUAGUUUUUAGAAAGCUUUCCCUUGUUUUGGGGUUUGUUUGUUUUUUUUUCUUGAAAAGAGGACAUGUUUCUAAAGGGAUAUUUAUAAAAACAGAUUUCUGCUCGAUGUCAUGUUUCAUAUUGAGUUUUUCUCACAGACGUUAUGAUUUCAUGUUUACAAGGUCGUGUCAUUCCAUUCCAUCUUUUAUUUUCCAUACUGUCUGACGGGAUUCCAGGGCUUCUACCCCACCUUUGUUUCCGCCUCAAUAACCCUUAGAUGAAAAUAAUUUUAUUCGGUGGAGCAGAAAUCCAACAUUUGAUCCUUCAUCUUGUGUUUGUGUUUGUUCAAACACGUUUUCCUGUUCGGGAAAACCUGUUUUUGUUUCAGUGUAAAUUGACAUUCUACCAGUUUAGAUCAAUUGAAAUAAAACUGAACUUAUUUUAAAAGAGCAAAAUGACUGUUAUAUAUAUAUAUAUAUAAAACGUAUAUGUAUAUUUAAUUAUACUGCUGCAGAAUCAACAUGCCAUUUUGUUGACACGUUUGAUUUAAUAAAGGAACUCUGGUAUAUUAAAAAAGAAGAAAUAAAGAAGAGA